AUGGCUGCUUCGACCACGGAUACCAACGCGUCGCGCGCGCCUAUAGAAGUCUCGUUCCCGCUCCCAAGAGCGCCGCACACGAACAUCCACCUUCAGCUCACCAACAAUGGCCCAAACCUACUGCUCUUCCUCACCACCGCGACUCCCGAAUCCGCGUCCUCUGCACCCCUCGGCUCUUUUGUCUACGCGAUGCCAAAUAGAGCCAAACCUGUCGAAACCCUCAGCACCCCCCUCUACACACACGGCGGAACGCUAGACUUCGCGACUCGGUUGUCCAAGGUCCUCGCACGCAAGACGGGAAAGCCGGUGUAUGUGGGCAACUCUUCGAGCUUCGCGAGUGCGGGUAUGGGAGGGACAGUCGAGGAAGAGAUGGAGGGUUUCAGGAGGGUGGUUGAGGUUGUCAUGGGGCUGCUGAAGACAGAUAAAGAGUAG